AUGUCCUCCUCCUCGUCUUCCUCCCCCACAACCACCGGCCCCGCCCUCUUCACAAUCCCCAUAACCCGCCCAAAGGACAUGAUCGGCACGACCGGCACGGGCACCAUCGUCUGCACGCUCCCGCGCCCCAACAUCUACCUCCUAACCUUCACGAACCCACCCGACAACCGCCUCGUCACGCCCUUCUGCGAGGCCUUCAUCCUCGCCCUGGACAUCCUCGAAGAGAAGUAUGAGCGCGGCGUGGUGGUGACGACGAGCGGCGUGGGGAAGUUCUAUAGCGAUGGCAUGGAUAUUGAUCAUGCGAGGUGGACGGGCGGGUAUAUGAAGGGGAAGUUGUAUAAGUUGUGGAAGCGGAUUUUGGUGUAUUCGAGGCCGACGGUGGCGUUGAUUAAUGGGCAUGCGUUUGCUGGGGGGUUUAUGACGGCUAUGAUGCAUGAUUACCGAGUAAUGAAUCCCCACAAAGGCUAUCUCUGCCUCAACGAAGUCGAACUCGGCGCUCCCCUUCGUCCACCCAUGACAGCUGUCUUCCGAAUGAAACUCAGUGGUGGCGUCUUAAGAAAACUCAUACUUGAAGCCUAUAGAUUCAAAGCCCUCGAAGCACUCAAAGAAGGCCUCGUCGACUCCCUGGGCGGCCUCGACGAAACACUCGCCUUGAUCGAGGAUCUGGACUUGGUGAAGAAGGCCCAGCCUGGCGCGACGGGACAGAGUGUGCUGGCUGAGUUGAAGGAGGAGAUGUGGAGGGAGACGGUUACGUUGAUGGAGGAGGGGAUCGAGGAGGAUUUGAGGGAUGAGAGGAUGAGGGAGAAGUGGAGGCGAGAGAAGGAGGAGAGGAGGAGGAGGGUGGAGGUAUGGGAGAAGGCGAAGCUGUGA